UUAUUGAUUAUUCGAUAUUUCAACUCAAAUGAAGGUAUCUCUAUCUCGAUUUCUCUGUUUUUUUUUUUUCAAUUGGGCGUUUAGCUGUUUUUUCAAUUGGGUUUUUGUAUGGGGAAUUACGUGGUCAGUGCGAUGCUCAGAAUUACCCAGGGCGUUAACUACGGGGUCCCCCUACUUAACCCAUACUUAAGCUGGCGGGCGCGCACGCGUAAGCGUGAGCAUGGUGUCUGGAGGUGUCUGGAGGUGUCUGGGUGUCUGGGUGUUUUACUCUUGGGUAAAGCACCCGUACAUCUGGGGCAUCCUUCAACCGUCACAAGAGUGCUGUCGGGCAGCCUGCCAAGGGGUUCCAUAGGCUGAACAGUCCUCCAAUACGCUGAACGGUCCUUCAAUAGGCUGAACAGACCCUUUGAAGCGGUUCAGCAGGCAGUGUAGACG